AGCCACAUGCGUAAUUCACGAGUUAUGUCACGCGAGGGUGACAAUAUUUUCGUUCCUCCCUUGACUAUUCUGCGAAAUGUGUAGAGCCACGACCCCGACCGUCAGACGUUUGCCGGCCGUCGAAGAGAAUGGACUUCAUCGGCUACAAGCAUUAUAGACUCCUGAAAUUCUGCUUCUUCGCGACGGGACUGACACCGUACAAACCAACGUUGUUAAGCGUACUGCAUACUACGAUCGUAUAUUUGAUACUUCUCAGUCAAACGCUUUCCAUGGUAAGUCCAUUCGUACGAAAUAUAACUGGUUUUGUCAAAAAAAUUCAUUUUUUCAUUUACGUGUACGUUGUCAAUUCUUACAGUUUUUUCUCGUGAGAAACACUUGUGCAUCUCAAUUUUUUUCAUCGCAAGUAAGCGCUUUAACAACAAGUAUAAAUAUAACAUAUGGUUUAUUACUUGUGAAAUCUAUAAACGUAAGUUACAAAUUAAUUCUAACUAGUCACUAUAAUAUCGUGUCGUCAUGUAACAUUUUUUCUGGAUUUUUCAAGUUAGAGGAAUGGUUAAAGGAUAUAAAACGUGAUUGGAGUCACAUACAAGACAAAGAAGAAUUUAAAAUACUUAAAACACACGUAGCAAUAGGAAAUCGUUAUACAAAUAUUUAUUUAAGUAAGAAGUUAA